AUGGGUCUCGGAGUCCUUGAGCCCAAGGCCAAUGAAAAGGUGCCUGGCACCACGCGAUACUAUGAUGACCCUGAUAGGCCGCGCAUGGCUGGCGAGCACGACACGCAUCUCAAGACCACGCCCGGUGGCCUCAUUUUGGUACCGGCUUCUACGUCGCCGCAACAACCUCCAAGCAGCCCACUAACACCGUCAGAUGACCCCAAUGAUCCUCUCAACUGGCCGAUCCGGAAGCGCGAUCUCGUUACAUUUCUCCUCUGCUGGGCCGGCGUGCUCGCCACCAGUCUCGGCCCUAUUUUAGCCGCCAACACCGUUACCCUCAUCGGCAACAUCGCCCUGACCAUUACCGACGCCGUCGUCCUCACAGGCUACCUCCUCGCCGGGGCCGGUGGCGCCGUCAUAUUCUUCGUUCCCUCGGCCCGCGUCUACGGCAAGCGCCAUCUCUUCCUGCUCGGCCUCGUCAUCGUCAUCGCCACCAGUGCGUGGGCCGGCGCCGUGCCGCUCGAAUCUAACACGCCCGAGGAUGCGCGACGUCAUUUUCGGAGCAUGGCUGCCGCACGCGCCAUUCAGGGCGUCGGCAUUGCGCCCUUUGAGAGUCUGCUCAACGCUGCCAUUGGCGAUAUGUACUUUGUCCACGAGCGCGGCAUCCGCAUGGCCUUUGCCAACCUGGCCGUCUUUGGCAGCGCCUUCUUCACACCCAUCGUCGUCGGUGUCAUCACCGCCAACAUCAGCCUCGGCUGGACCUUUAACUUCGUCGCCAUUUUUACCGGCGCGACAUUGCCAGCCAUUGUCCUCUUUUGCCCCGAGACCGCGUACCGACGCGAAGCCCGCUUCAACACGGACAUUUACACCGAGCAAGACGUGCUGCAGCCGCCGUCGUCUGGCUCGUCGCAGACAAACGAAAAGGAGCACCACUCGGGCUUCCGUGCCCUGCCCACCAACCGAACCCAGCCCUGCGGUGACGCCAACACGCCACGCAAGACGUUUGUCGAGUCCAUGUCCCUGUUUGACGGCCGAAAGACGGACGACCCAUAUCUUACGCUGCUUCUGCGCCCCUUUCCGCUUCUGAUGAACCCUGCCUUUAUCUGGGCUUGCCUGAUCCAAGGCACCAUGAUUGCGUGGACCAUCUUCAUGGGCGCCCUGGUCGCAUCCAUCUUCAUCGGUCCUCCGCUCUUCUGGGGCACGGCCAAGUCGGGAUUUGGGUAUGCCGGUGCCUUCAUCGGGGCCUUGGUCGGGUUCGCCAUCUGCGGCCUGUUGGCCGACUUCAGCGUUCGCAUCAUGACUGCGAAAAACAAGGGCGUUUACGAGCCCGAGUUCCGCAUCCUGCUUAUCAUUCCCAUGCUCAUUGCUAGUGCCAUUGGUCUUUUCGGCUUUGCCCUCACCGUUGAAGACGUCGCGUCUCAACACCAAUCCGUCAUCAUUCCGCUCAUGUUCUUCGGCUUUGAAGUCUGCGGCAUGGUGAUUGGAGCCGUCGCAAGCUCACUCUACAUUGUGGAUGCCUACCGUGACCUCGCCAUUGAGGGAUUCACGCUCACGAUUCUGUUCAAAAACUUUUUCAGCUUCGUCGUCACCUACUACGCUCUCGACUGGCUCAUCGCCGGCGGCAUUCGCCGUGUUCUCGUUAUUAUCUCCAUUCUGCAGGUCAUCAUUUGCCUGACCAGUAUCCCCAUGUACAUGUUUGGCAAGCGUAUCCGCGCCUUUUUCCACCGCCACGACCCCAUCGCCAUGUGCCGCCUCAAGGAAUUUGAUGCCUGGUUGCGUCGUCCCUUUCGCAAAUCCCCCACCACUCCUUCUCAGUAG